AUUCACAACAGCUGCGGCUCAACUAGUUUGGACGAGGCGUCACAAGAACAAAGACAGAUCAUGAAAUCACAAACUGUCACAACAAACAGAUGUCCUCACAGACUUGUGUGGCACUGUGGGCAUGCAUGUGCAUGCGAGUGCGGUGCAUUGCUGUGUGCGGAGGAACAUUCGCGCGGCGCCACUGAAGCCCGUAGUGCAUUGAGCCUCGGAGACAAUCGGAUUGUCUCGCCCCGGCCAAGCAAUCCGAAAUGUUUGCAGGCUAUUUUGGCAAGGAGAGACAUCCAACUCGUUCCGAUUCCGAGGGGGGGACACAUGUACUUUGGUUGGUCCCUGGGUUUCCGGACUCAGAUCUAUCACAGCACGCCUGCGCUGAUUUCUUCUCCUGCAGCUUGAUGGUUUGUGGAGAACUGUUCCCGGGUUCGUCUGUGAGAGUGGAGACAUACUUUCAGCGGCUUCCUUCGAGCGCUUGCUGCUGACGCUGGCCCAAGUCGACUGUCGACUGCAGACCCUCUGUGCCGCUGCGUCAUCGCUUGCUGACUUGGCCAUGCUUUCCACCUGCAGGAGAGCUCUUGGACAGAGGGCGUCGCUGCGCCGGUGGGCUGCGCAGGUGCCUGCAGUGACCUUCAACGAGGUGAAGUUUGUGAAGGAGGAUGUGGAGAAGGUCAUGAUGGAGUUGCCUGACUACAACUUCUACGAGUUCAAGGAGUCGACGCCCAACCCCUAUCAAGGCUCCACGCUGGACCGGAGCAUUUUGUUGGACCCUGUGGAGCCCGCCCUGGUCCCGCCCAAGUUCGAGUUCUCGAAGCUGGAGAACGGCAUCAAGAUCGCCUCUGUGGACAAGCAGGGCCUCACCGCACGCUUGGGACUCUACGUUCACGCGGGUUCGCGCUUUGAGACCCCUGGCAACCUGGGGGUGGCGCACAUGGCGGCGUUGAUGGGCUACCGCUCCACCGCGCACCUGAGCCACCUCAGGACGGUAAAGACCCUGGAGCAGAUGGGCGCGGACCAGGCUUCCGUUUGCAAGGCUGGCCGUGAGGAAAUCCUCUACCAGGUGGAGGUGCAGCGGGAGUUCGUGCCCUAUGUGGUGCCUUUGAUGGUGGGCAAUGUGCUCUUCCCGCGCCUGUUGCCGUGGGAAGUGAAGUCGGCACACGGGGAUGUGAAGACGGACAAGGAGGCUCUCACCGGCAACCCAGACAGCAUGGUCAGCGACCUUUUACAUAAGGCUGCCUACUGCAACAACACCCUGGGCCUCAGUCCAUUGGCCAGCACGAGGUCGAUGAGCUACUUCACCCCGGAGACCAUCCGCUCCUACCUCCUGGACAACUUUGCGCCUGAGCGCAUGGUCUUUGUGGGCGUGAAUGUCGCCCAUUCGGAGCUCACCAAGUGGGUGAUGCGCUCCUUCGCGGACUACAACGCCAUCCCCAUGAAGAAGCGCGAGGACGUGAAGGCAACCUACACCGGGGGGGAUGUGCGCAUGGAGGGUGCCUCUCCGUACUGCCAUCUCGCCCUGGGGCUGGAGUCCUCGGGCUUUGGCCAGGCGGAGCUGGCCCCCACGGCGCUGAUCCAGGAGAUCUUGGGGGGCGGCUCCGCCCUCUACAGCGGCGUCGGCUCCGGGGUGACCAGCCGCCUCUCCACACAGAUUGUGAAGCAGAGCCCCUACGUGGAGUCCUGCACUGCGUUCAACACCUCGUACUCGGACUCCGGCCUCUUCGGCGUCUAUGGCGUGUGCCAAGCAGAGAAGGCGGGGGACAUGGCGAAGGCCAUGGCGGGCGCCUUGAAGGGCUUGCCCACAGUGAGCAAGGAGGAGCUCGCGAAGGCGAAGGCCAUGCUCAAGGGCAAGAUCUUCCGCCAGGCUGACAACGACAAGGAGCUCAUGGCGGACAUGGGCCAGCAGCUGCUGCUGACCGGCAAGUACGGCUCCGCCGCAGAGUUCGCGAAGAUCAUCGACGCCGUGACGGAGGCUGAGGUGGCCAGCUGCGCCAAGAAGAUGUUGGGCUCCAAGCUCUCGGUGGCGGCCUUCGGCGACGUCCACGCGGUCCCAAGCUACUUCACCCUCGAGGCAGCCUUGAAGUGAGAGGUCCAGGCCACAAGCGAACUGCACAAACUGCCGAACGGAGCUGCUUCGCUUCUCGGGUUGUCAGCGACUUGCGCUUUCAGAGGUUGGCG